GGGCCGUCCUGUAAGGAUAGUGUCAUGGUCCUGAAGGUCUUCUUUCCUACAUGCUGCUCCUCAGCAGAAAGUGGCAUUUUGAUCGGCCGCUGGAUCUCAGAACAGAACUCUGCUGUCAUCCUCGCCGUGGUGCAUUUCCCCUUCAUUCCUGGGCAGGUGAAGCAAUAUCUCAGCCAAGUCCAGCAGGUGACCAAGAUCAAAGUUUCCGUGCUUGGCUCGUGGAGCAACAGCAAACAGGAGAAAGAAGAGAGUCUGAGUAAGUUCUUGGAAGACCUUGGGACAAUAUUUGUCCACGAGCCAUGGAUUCAGAUAAGCAAGGAGAGAGACAGCAAAUUUUGGAGUUGUUCUACCCUUCAGAAAGAGUCUAACAGCUCUAAGGAAGAAGAAAUCAUCUUAAUAUAUUAUGACCAGCGCAAAGUCAUGCUUUCCCAACUACAUCCCCCAGUGGACACAACUACUGACCAUAAGGCAGAUGAUGCUUCAAAGCUCGCUGCCAUGUUUGACACAGUUGCCAACAGCAAGAUACUGUUCAUGACAGACAGAUAUGAUGAUGGGCCCAUCAAGCUGACCCACUGGCAGUCAGAUGGAGUUGAAGCUAGCAUCAUCGUGGAGCUGCUCAAGCAGGCCUCGGGUGCUAUCUAUUUAAUGCUGGUCAGCCUUGCCAAGGAGAUAUUUCCAUUGUUUUUCUGCAGAAUGCUGAAGUUUUGGCCUUUGUCUUUCUUAUGGAGUAAACUCUCGACUUGUGAGCAGUUGGGCCAUCGGCUGCAGCACCUCCAGAUCAUCAGCAGCAGAAAGAAGGCUCAAAACCAGACCCAACUAAUGAGGAAAGCCAACAUCUUUGUCUCACUGCUGGUUGAUGUGGCUCUGGGGAUCCUGCUGAUGUCCUGGCUGUACAGAAAGAACCGGAUUGGUCAGCUUGCUGACACUCUUAUUCCUGUGGCUGAUCAUGUAGCUAAAGAGCUCCAAGACCUGCUGCAGUGGCUAAUGGGAGCACCAGCUGGACUAAAAAUGAACCGAGCUUUGGAUCAGGUUUUGGGUCGUUUCUUCCUUUACCACAUCCAUCUUUGGAUUAGCUACAUUCACCUGAUGUCUCCAUUCAUUGAGAUGAUCCUCUGGUACGUUGGUCUGUCCACUUGUCUGGGCCUUACUGUGGCUCUUUGCAUCCUCUCUGACAUCAUUGCUCUUCUGACCUUCCACAUCUACUGCUUCUACGUCUAUGGAGCCAGGCUCUACUGCCUUAAAGUUUAUGGGCUGUCGUCUCUUUGGCGCUUGUUCCGUGGGAAGAAGUGGAAUGUCCUCAGGCAGCGGGUGGAUUCCUGCACCUAUGACCUGGACCAGUUAUUUAUCGGCACUCUUCUAUUUACAAUCCUGCUGUUUCUUCUGCCUACAACUGCCCUGUAUUAUUUGGUGUUUACCCUGCUCCGUUUGCUGGUGGUGGUUGUGCAAGGCUUGAUACACUUGCUAGUUGACCUGAUUGACUCUCUGCCUCUCUAUUCAAUCAUCCUUCGGCUCUGCAGAUCCUACAGACUUGCAGCUGGUGUGAAGUUCAGAGUUCUUGAACAGAUGCAUGGAAAACCUCUUCGGCUCCUUAUGCAGAUCAACCCUCUCUCAUAUGGCAGUGUGGUGCGGACGUACAGUCUGCCAACCUACAGCUGUUACCCCAAGGAUUCCUGGACAUCCCUCUGCAAGAAGCUGUUCCUUGGAGAGCUGAUCUACCCUUGGAAACACAAAGGAGAGAAGCAAGACUGAAAAAAGCCAAGGGACCCAACUUGAAAGACUUGGCCAG